GUAACAUCAUCUCUUCUCUUAUCUUUUCUUCUCGCGAAAGGUAUAAGUUCACCAUUAAAAAAGAUGGCGACGCUGAAGAGCGUGGGGUGCAAGAGAGAAAGAGUGAGAAAGGGAGGAAAGGGUAUAAGAGAGUUUAAGUCUAACCGUGUGCAUACGUAAGAGAGAAAGAGAAAAUGAAUCUUAAAGCGAGUAUAGUCGAAGAGCGCCGAGUUGGGCCGAGUUAGUCGACUAUUGGUGGUCUGUGAGUCUGGAGGUGGGCCGACCACCGGUGAACCGAGCUCCACGCAGCUCGGUCGCGCUCGGUCGGCAGUCGGGCCCAGUCGGCCGUCGAGGAAUUAUCGUUACCGUGCUUUUCUUCAUUUAUUCGUUCUGCCUGGAGUUUACCGUAACUCUCGUAGUAUCUCUUUCUCGACCUCCUUCGCGAGGACUUUUCUUCUCUCUUUGCGCUCCUCCGUCGUAUCGUCUGUCAGUCGAUCCUCUCAAUCUGCGCACUCGUACACCCGACUCCCCUUUCUUUUUCCGAUCACACACCCGGCGAAAAUCCCCACCGCGCUAUGUGACGGAUAUCACGGGGCACUUGCUGUGUGUGUACCCCGCCCGCUAUAUAUUAUUACUCCCUUCCUAUCCUCUUUUUCUCUCGCUCAUUUCCCCCUCUCCCCCCACCCCACCACCCCCCGCCUUCUCGUUAUACCCAUCUCUCCACGGAGGCAGUCGGUCGUGCGAAAAAGAGAGUGACAGAAGGAGAGGAGACCGUUGUGUGUGUGUGCGUGCGUGGAUAUGUGUGUGCGUGCGUGCGUUCGUUCGUCCGUUCGUUAGUUAGUUAGUUAGUUAGUUCGCUCGUUCGUUCGUUCAUUCCUUAGAGUGCGUGUGGUUGGUACAUGCUGCUUUGAUGGUGGUAGUGGUUGAGACGUGCGCGUGCGAGACGAAAGACAGAAAGCUAGAAAAGGAAAAAGAUAGGUCGAGCGUGAGUCGCCGCCGUGUAUAAGCUAGCGAGAGUAACUGAAGAUAGAAAGAGUUACUACUAUUAAUGCAGUAGUCUCAUCUCGUUUCGUUUCGUCUCGAAAGCAUAUAUUAUCCUAAGGAAAAUUCGGUGCACGCCGCGAGACGCACUUACGCAUUUACGCACGCACGCACGGUGGGAAGAGAAAGGAACGGGGGGCCUUGAGGGGGCCCCGCUUGAAAUCGUGGAGCCAGCGAAAGAUGGAGUGCCCGCACCUCGCUCAAAGCGUCCGACUCGAUGCUAACGACGUUGAAACGACCUGCACGAAGGAUUUGCCGUUCGUUUGCGCAGUAUGCGGUACCGAGAAAAGUACCUGGUUAUGUUUGCAUUGCGGAGCAGUUCAUUGUGGAAGGUACGAGGCAGGACACGCGUUGCAGCAUCACGAGAAGAAUAAUACUCAGCACUGCGUGUGCAUCGAUUGUGAGAACCUCUCGGUCUUUUGUUACACGUGCGACGAAUACGUGAUAAACGACACGACAGGUGGUCAAAUAGAAAAGAUACGUCGAAUAAUAUUUCGAAAAGAUGAGCACAAGGAGAACGACGAAAGUUGGAGUACAACGAGUACGACUACGCCAUCAUCAAGACGGGAGAGUAGCGAGGACAACGACGCUGAUGCGUUAUGGAAGGCCGAGGUUGUCGUGAGAAAUUUACGACCGAGAACGGCGAGGAAGAGGUUGCAUUCGUUGGACGGCACCAGCGGGGACAAUAGGCCAGCGACCAAACGUAGAAGCUCGAAGAUAACCAAAGAGAAAAAGGUCGUCGGCCUGAGGAAUCUUGGGAAUACUUGUUUCAUGAACGUUGUAUUACAAUCGUUCAACAACAUAAGCCACUUUUGCGAAUACCUCACACAAAUGCCGUGCCUAGAGGGUAUAGCUUUUGACCCAUCGGAACCACCGACUCACAGAGGUCGCAUCGUAACACCAGGAAGAGCCAAGGAACUUAUGAGCGAUGCCCUUUUAGCCGAGGAACUACGAAAGGUACUUCUCGGUUUGAGUCUUGGCGGUUCGAAUGGUCAAGCCAUUUCCCCGGAAUGCCUCUUCCUCGUAAUAUGGAAGGUCGUACCGAGAUUCAGGGGUUAUCAACAACAGGACGCUCACGAGUUUCUCACCUAUAUGUUAGAUAGAUUGCACACAGAGUUGCUUCAAUUAUUACCUAGGCUUGGACACGAGCCUCUCGGUUUGCGUGGAAAGCAGAGCAUCGUCACCGCCGUUUUUGGUGGCACUCUACUCAGCGUGGUCCACUGCAUGAACUGCCGUACGGAUUCGAAGACCCACGAACCCUUCCAGGAUCUUUCCUUGGAUAUACCGGAUAGACUUCAAAGACGUACGAAGGAACAGGAAGAGGUCUGUAGUCUCACCUAUAGUCUAACGAGAUUCUUCAAAGUCGAGGAACUGGCUGACAGCGAACUAUACUUUUGCGAUAAUUGUAUGGGGAAACAACGGUCCACCAAGAGGUUCUGGAUUCAUAGGCUGCCUAACGUGUUGUGCCUUCACAUUAAAAGAUUUAGGUGGUGUAAUUCAUAUCGUUCGAAGGUGGACACGCAGGUAGACUUUCCGAUGGAAUCUCUCGAUAUGUCGGCAUUUACCGUCCGAGGUAUGACCGGCAUAAAAUUGGGGGCCCAAAACAGUCAUCUUUACGAUUUGGCCGCUGUCAUUGUUCAUCAUGGUUCUGGUGCUGGCACAGGACAUUACACCGCAUUUGCCGUACACGACGGUCAAUGGUUCCACUUCAAUGACAGUUCGGUACGUCCAGCUAGCACCGACGCAGUCGCAAAGUGCAAGCCUUAUAUUCUGUUUUAUGUAAGAAAGGAAUUUUCCAUUCCGCCACCGUUGUGACAUAAUUUAACUGAGAAAUCUCGUACGGAAGAUAUGAGUCGCGACGAAGAAACGUUAAAAACUACGAAGCAGCAGGAGCAGAAACGAACUAGCGUGCCCGACAACGACGAUGAGGAAUCCCGUGAUCGAUGAACACCGGUGGCAGGCAGGCAGGCAGGCAAACGGAUACAAAAUCGAUUUUUAAACGGUACACGAAGGAAGAAUAAAAAAAAGAGUAACCAAGAAAUACAAAGCGGAGUGUUGUCAACCGUCAACAAAAUAAGGAAACGAACGACGUCCUUAUUCGAAACCCCCUCCAUCCACCAACACCAUUUCUCCACAUCCAAAUUCUUCUUAACGAAUAUUAUUCGAGCUUUAAACAAACAAACAAAAAUCACACGAAAAAAGCAAGCAAGCAACGCAUCUCUCGGUCUCGUUCUCGUUCGUCUUGGUUUAAACAUCGUCAACGUCAUUGUCAUCUCUAGCCCUUUUUCGACGAACCAUUUAAAGAUAAAAACCAACAAAAAUGAAUUCUUCGCAAAUAGAAACUCGUCGGUCGGUCGGUUGGUCUGUCGGUCGAUCGUAAUCUCGUCAUUGUUAAAUGAAUAAUAAUAAAUAAAAAAUAAAAAUAAAAAAACAAACAAAAAAGGAAGGAAAGAAGGAAGGAGUCGAUGAAACGCGUACAACGAGUUUAGAUGAUUUUAAAUUGGGAAUUAUAUAAUAUCGUCGUCGUCAUUGUCGUGGUGUAGGUUGUCCUUUUUUGUGACUGACUUAUAAAGCGCGCGUGCGAACGGCCACACCCGUACGAACAAAUUAAUUAGCACGGCGUGCGGACGCAUCGCUUUAAUUAGCGACACGAUAUUAUUUGUUUCGUAUAAACGAGAGAUAAAAAAAAAAAAACAAAACAAACAAAAAAACAAAUAAAAAAGAUAAAAAAAAAAAACAAAAAA